CCGAUGCACGUGCAGUCACAUUCACAGAUGAAUCCAAAACAAUCGUUUUCUACAACACGAUCAAAAGCACGCUACAAGAACAACAUGAUUCUCGUCAACCUCGUGCCCAUGCUUCUGUUGCUUGGUGUGAAAUGUGAAUCAAGUGGAGAUGCAGCUGAAUAUCAGAGGGAACGAGCAAGUGAUCUUCGAGAAAAGAUCGUGUCCGUUUUUGACCGAUUUCUUCAGGCGAGUUACAAGGGUGACAUGGAUGCCUUAUCGGCCGUAGUUCAUCCGGAUGGUCAGUUACUAAUAGACGGUUUGCCACCUAUUUCUGCAGAACAAGGGGAAAACAUGGUUUUUCACCUCAUAUUUGAGGGAGUAACUCGUGUCGAGAAUACUUAUAAAGAGAUUCAGCCCAUGGACAAAGAUGCAGAGUAUGUGUUCAUCAGUCUCCAUUUUGAUUUUUACAACGAAUUGGAUGAAAAUGUUAUGGAUGGAAGUGGAUUGUUCGUCUUCAGGGACACUACAGAUGGAUACAAGUUUUACUUGACGAUGUUUAACAAACAUGGUCAGUCAACAGCUGAAUAGUGCACCCUGUGAUCAUGUGGUUACAGGCCUGUAUGCUUCGUUAUUGAAAGGGCUAGGGCACCAAGGCAUUUUCUCCUCUCUAAUAGGCACCCUAUG